GAUGUGUUGUGAGUUUUGACGUCAAAUGUGGCCUUUAAAAUGCGAAACUGUGACAACCUUCUAGCUUGCGGAACUUCAAGUUUCUUAGCAAAUAAACAACAAUAACCAUGUAAAUUCGCCUUGACGGUUAGUCGCUCAAUAUUGCUUAAACAAUGUAUUCCUAAAUCAUGUCGGAAAUUAAUAAUUCGGUGUUGCUCAGCACUUUUUUGAAUGGGAAGAAAAAAGUGAAAAUCAUUUUCCAUAAGGCAGUCCUAGUUUGGGACAAUGAAAAACCACCUCUCGAGCAACACACUGUACCAAUAGAAAAUGUGAUAUCAGUGCAGCCUAAUUAUUUAAAAGCGACUCAUCCAUCUAUGCAAAGGCAGAUAGACCCCAAUCAAUUUACGAUUCAUUAUGCCGAAAAGGCAGUUGAGGACAGAUGGCUGUACAAAUCACUUUCCCUCAAACAUAACGAUUCGCUGCAAGUGGCAUCAUGGGUUAAAACAUUGCAAAAUCAUAUAUCAAAGUUUCACAAACGACCGAAACACCUAUUGCUGUUCGUAAACCCCUUUGGGGGUAAGCAAAAUGCAAUGCAGAUAUACGAAAAGUACGGAAAAGAUUUAUUUGCCAUUGCUGGAGUGGAAGUCACCGUCAAUGUUUCGCAGAGGAAGGAUCAAAUAAGGGAUUUUUUAAUUACUCACAAUUUAGAUACCUUCGAUUCGGUGGCCUGCGUUGGAGGCGAUGGCACAGUUUCAGAACUAUUCAAUGGAUUAGUUGUCCGGGAAUGUAGAGCAAAUGGUAUAAACCCGAACGAUAUCCAUCAGGUAUUGCCGAAACCCAAAAUACCCAUUGGUAUUAUUCCUGGAGGCAGUACCGAUACAAUCGCGUAUUGCCUACAUGGUACUACAGACCCCACUACAGCCGUGCUUCAAAUCAUAUUUGGCGAUACUUUAGGAUUAGAUUUAGUGUCGGUCUAUGAUGAGCAUAAUCUUCUAAGGCUCUAUGCAAGUGUGUUGAGCUAUGGGUAUUUGGGAGACGUAGCUUAUCAUAGUGAUCAAUACAGGUGGAUGGGCCCUCACCGCUAUGAUUAUUCCGGUUUCAAAAAAUUAGUGCUAAAUAAAGGAUACCAAGGUGAAAUUGCUAUUUACACUGACAAGAAAGAAACCGAACAGGAAGACUGCAAGAGUAAUUGCCAAAUUUGUGAUAGAGCCAAGCUGAACCACGAAAGAGCUACUUGCAAACCGAAUUUGAUUUUCAGAUGGGAGACAUUUCGAGGUAAAUUCUUCAUGGUCAGCGGAGCAAACAUUAGCUGCGCCUGCAGCCGGAGCCCUAAGGGCAUUGCUCCGUAUUGCCACUUAGGGGAUGGAAAAGUUAACUUAGUAUUGGUCAAACAUACCUCAGUAUUUAACAACUUACGAUUAUUAUUGCGGUUAUCCAGUCAAGAUGCUUCCGUGGACGACUUGCCAUUUGUGGAAACGUUUAGCGCUAGGGAAUUUUGCUUCAGGGCUGAUAAUGGAUCCCCUAGCAAGUGGAACUGCGAUGGAGAAGUGCAACAUCAAACAAACAUUAGAGCCAAAGUUAGAUGCCAGUUGCUCACAAUUUUUAGCCGCGGCAGUGAGAAGGUCCGAGAUAACAAGGGCAGAUGCUGCAACAUUUGACAUUGUUUUCUGGGAACAUUUUUGCACUGUACAUUAAUCAGUAUUUGAGAGUAUUUUAAGUUGAAGACAAUUGCUCAUAGUCAACAAUAUUUUAGUCAAGCAAAUGUAUAACCGGCGCAUUGUUAUAUCACAUUCAACUUUACCCCCUUUGUGAUAAAACUGAGUCAUAUUGGCUUGAUGUAUUCUUUUUACUAGAGUAUUUUUUACCACCAUAUAAUUUUAAAUAACACGAGAGCCAAUUGCAUAAAUUCAGUUAUAUGGUGUUAUGCCUUAGGAUUAAUGUAUGGUUGUAGUUAUUUUUUAAAGAGUAUUUUGCUUCACAGUCCAACAGAAGGAUUCUUUGUAGCAUAUUCAUGCCACCGUGAAAAGCACAAUGAAUCUGCUGCAACAAAAUCCUUGAUUGUUAACUGUUUUCAGAUAUUGUGAUGUUAAUUUUUUCAUCCAAUAGAUUGUUCGUAUAUGAAAGUAUUUGAAAUAUUAUAUGUAUAAAGAGAAACGUCUAGGGAAGGGUUGGGAGACGGAAAGCCAAUAAAAAAUUAAUUAUUUAUUUUUCACAAACA